AUGCUCGACUGCAACAUUCAUAGCUCCUCAUCUGAUCCACUAGUGUCCCACGGACGCCACUUCAGUCGAACAGUGUUCGCACUGUGUAACUACCCCUCAUUGCUCACCAGUGGUAUCUUGAGACUUGAACAAAUAGAAGAUGUUCCGUUAGAGGACUUCCCUGCCGAAGAGUGGCGAGAACAUCGCGUCUUCGAGCAACUUUUAGAUUCAUAUCCUGGUCUUUUAGAGCGACUGAAAGACGGAUCCAAGGAAGAAAUCCUUCACGUUGGAGAGCUGAUCGGCAAGGGCACCGCAGGCGCCAGGGGCGAUGACACAAAAACGUUAAAGUCUGCAAUACUUGAUUGGAUCACCCCCAAAGGGGAAGGCAUACGGCCCCCUUUACAUAGAAACUCUAAGAUCGACCGCGGUUUUAACCAUGACCUUACAGGAUCUCUUCUAUGUCCCGCUGGAUUGGACUGGAACGACUUCCAGACUAAAGAGAACCUACGAAGCGGCGAGAUGCUGGUCUGUGGGGAUCAAUGGCCCAUUUUUUACCCGUGGUGCGGGCUUCUUCAGAGCCGCUUACUAGUCUAUGCCUACAAGCAUGUGUUCACAUCUCCAAGUUCAGUCGAAAGGGAACCAAAGGCCACACGAUCCGGAAACGCACGGCUCCAUGGCAUGAACUCUGUCACAAUCGCCUCCCUAGCCUCAUCCUCGAUGUUCUCUCGUACCGACACAACUACAGACUCGGAGACAUUCUAUCAUAGCCUCCUCGACCUAUUAGAAGACCCUGAAGAAUACAAGGAAAUUGACGAGCUACUGACCUGGUGGAAUCGGUAUUUUUUUUCGCUCUUCGCCAUGCCACUAAGGCUGAUCAUUAGAUUGCGGAGGAAGUCAACAUAG